GUGUUUUACUCUGCUGCUGAAGCUGAAAAGGUGAGCAAAUAAAAAAUUAUAGCAAAUUGGGAAUUAGGUUUCCAAAAGCUAUCCUUGUUGUAGUACAAUAGACAUUUGAAAAUUGCAACGUGUUUGCGAUGGUAUAUUCCCAGAGAAGUCCAGGUUCCCGGCGCCUGCUGCUCUCGCUUCUGCUCCUCACAGUCUUCUGCUCCGGGAGCGGCCAGGUCCACUACUCAGUCCUGGAGGAGGUCAAACACGGCACCUUCGUGGGCCGCAUCGCGCAAGACCUGGGGCUGGAGCUCGCGGAGCUGGUGCCACGCCUUUUCCGAGUGGCAUCCAAAGGUCAUAGAGACCUUCUGGAGGUAAAUCUGCAGAAUGGCAUUUUGUUUGUGAAUUCUCGGAUCGACCGGGAGGAGCUGUGUGGGCGGAGUCUGGAGUGCAGCAUCCACCUGGAGGUGAUCGUGGACAGGCCGCUGCAGGUUUUCCAUGUGGAGGUGGAGGUGAGGGACAUUAACGACAAUCCUCCAAGGUUCUUCCGAAAGGAACAAAGAUUAUUUAUUUUAGAGUCAAGAAUAGUGGAUUCCCGGUUUCCGCUAGAGGGCGCAUUUGAUAUGGAUGUCGGAGCAAACGCAGAAUUGAGAUACAAACUAAAUAGUAAUGAAUAUUUUGAUUUGGAUGUUAAAGCAAAUGAAGAAGAAACAAGCAUUUUAGAGCUAGUCUUAAAGAAAGCAGUAGAUCGGGAAGAAAUCCAGGAACAUCUUUUAUUACUGACUGCAACUGAUGGAGGAAAACCUGAACUAACAGGUACAGUUCAAUUAUUGAUCAACGUAUUGGAUGCGAAUGAUAAUGCCCCCAAAUUUGAUAAAUCAGUUUAUAAUAUCAGAUUAUUAGAAAAUGCACCAAAUGGGACAUUAGUUAUUAAACUGAACGCCUCGGAUGCAGAUGACGGCAUUAAUAAGGAAAUAGUAUAUCUCUUUAGUGAUCUUGUUCUUGAAAAUGUCAAAUCUAAAUUUAUAAUCGAUUCGAAUAGUGGGGAAAUAACAGUUAAGGGAGAACUGGAUUACGAAGACUGUAAUUUAUAUGAAAUUAAUAUUGAUGCUGUAGAUAGAAGUCCAUUCCCAUUAACUGGACACUGCAAAGUAAUAGUAAAACUCCUGGAUGAGAAUGAUAAUACCCCAGAGAUGGCCAUAACCUCCAUAUCUCUGCCAGUACAAGAAAACGCUUCAGUGGGAACUGUCAUCGCCCUUAUCAGCGUGUCCGACCGGGACUCCGGUCUCAAUGGGCAGGUGACCUGCACCCUGUCGCCC